AUGUCUGAGUUGUAUAACUUUACUUUAGUCUCUGUCACUGAUUGUAUAGAUGUUCUGUCUGUCUGUCUGUCUGUUCAUUACAAGAUUGACCACGAGACCCACAACACUCCAAGAGACUCACAAGACAAGAGAAACUCACAAGAAGAAACUCACAAGACUUACAAGAAAACUCACAAGACUCACAAGAGAGACUCAAACACAAGAGAACCACUCAAACCAGACUUACAAGAAACUCACAAGACCACAAGAGAGACUCACAAGACUCACAAGAGAGACCAACAAGAGAAACCCACAAGACCACAAGACUCACAAGACCACAAGAGAGACCAACAAGAGAAACUCACAAACUUACAAAGAGACCAUAAGACCCACAAGAGAGACUCACAAGACUUACAAGAGACCUCACAAGAGAGAUCACAAGACUACAAGAGACUCAACAACAGAAACUCACAAGACUCACAAGAGAGACUCCACUGGAGACUCACAAGAGUCUCUCAAGAGAGACUCAAAGACUCACAAGAGAAACCCCACAAAGAAACCCACAAGAGAGGCCUACAAGAGAAACACAAAGAGAGGCUCACAAAAACCACAGAGAGACUCACAAGAGAGACUCACAAGAGAGACUCUAUCAGCGUGCAUUGA